UCUUCGAUCAACGGGCGUGGAAGACUUGUUUCGGUUGCACUUGAUUGUGCGCAGUUCGAGUUAGUCGUUCGAUACCCUUCCACUAGUUAAAGGAUCCUCACUCAAGUCAUGUCUUUACCGAUUCUCAGUAUGGAUAAAUGCCCUCGGCAGUACGAUUCUUACCAGAGCACAUUGACCCCAGCCUUACUCGCCAAAGCAAAGGAACACCUACACGAAGAUGAGUGCACGCGAGAUCCAUCUCUCGUCCAAAUGCGAGAAUUCAUAGCCAAACACCCCCAAAUUCAACGUUGCCGUACGGAUGCCUUGUUCCUGUUGCGUUUUCUUAGGGCGCGAAAGUUCAACGUGACCGCCGCGUGUGAAAUGCUAGAAAAUUAUCUCCGGUGCUUCCAACAGUGGUCCCAUUGCUUCAGAAUAAAAGAUCCCUUCGAAACGUACGAAAAGUUAAUCGAUGCGGCCUAUCUAGUUCCCCUGGGUUACACUUCCGGGGGACAGUUUGUUCUGCUGUAUCGUCCGGCUUGUCUGGAUCUGAGUUGGAUGAGACCGGCACACGUGAUGAAAUUGGGAGCGGUAUUGGCCGAGUGCUAUUGCGACGAAGAGGAACUGCAAGUUGGAGGCAUGGAACUUAUUAGUGAUUAUCAAGGGGUGACGGUCGCCAAUCUUGGAAUGUGGACCAUAAUGGACCUGAAGCUGCUGAUGGAUGCAACAACCAAGGCAAUGCCGAUAAGAACGAAGCGUGUGCACAUUUCGGGUUUGCCAAGGUUCGGUGCAGCUUUAGUUAGUACCUGCCUGGCGAUGAUACCGUUGAAGAAUCAGCAGAAAGUCGUGUUUCAUAAAACCACGGACGAGUUGAAGGCAGCCGUAGAUAAUUCCAUCCUGCCGACCAUCUACGGAGGUUCCUUGUCAUUGGAAGAAGCCAAUGAUCGAUUCCGCAAACGGGUCGCACAGGAACGUGACCGUAUACUGUUGAUCAAUGAGUUCGACUUGGAUGUUACAAUGCCGAGCCCAAAUGCCAAGAACAGUCAUGGAGCCGGAUUGCAGAGUGACCUGGCUGAUGAAGCCGUUAUUGGCAGUUUUCGAAAGUUAAACGUUGAUUAAGUGGUUGUUUUUUAGUGUAAUUUUGUGUAACUUAAGAUGGUGUAUAGAAAUCAUGUAAAAGUUU